CCUCCAGGCGCCCUUAUUAAGAAAAUCAAUGAAACGAUAACUUAAUAUAAAACUGUCCGGUUCCGUUUUAACAUGAUACAGCUGACUGGUUCUUUUCUCGUUAUUCAGGGAGCUUUAAAUUCAUUCCCCUGAGUUUCCCCUCGCUAAUGUGAGAGGAUGACAGAUGAAAAACUAACUUUAGCUUUGCGCUCCAGCCAGUCGAGACACCGUCGAAACGAGCAACACCGGGAGAAAUCACGCUUGUAAAAUGCUGAUGAGAGUCGCGCGCGCGCGCUGAUGUGCUUGGGGCGCGAGAGAUGAAGGGCGGGAUGAAACCACCUCAAAACAAGCAACGACUCAGUCUGGACUCAAACAGCAUCUGCAAACUUUUUGCCUGAGUUGAACAUAACCAAACUGGAAUAACAGCACUGAGCUCAAGUUUUCUAUAUUCACUGAGGAUUUUGAGGACUUCUGUUCUGUUAUUAUAAGGAUGAAGGUUUUUUUCAUGAUCAUUUUUACAAGCCAACUCUUCACAUCUCAGGGGCAAGACUGUCAGAGCGGAGAGGAAGUGCUAAAUGCUCUUAGGCAGGUCCAAAAGCUUCUCUCUGCCCAUGAGACGUCCUUCCUCCAGAGUCUGCGGAGCCUCCGCAAGAAACUCAGCCUGUUACAGAACAGCACAGUAAAACACAACAAAUUCAACACAGACAAGAGCACAGUGUCAGACUGUCCUCCACCUGAAGCGCUGGCUAAUGGGCGGAUCCUAGGGAAUGUGUUUAAGUUUGGUCACGAGGUUCACUUCCUGUGCAGCUCUGGGUUUCAGCUGAUGGGGCCGGAAACCAGAGUCUGUCUGGACUCCCAGAACUGGAGUGGAGCUCAACCCUCCUGCAAGUUUGUGGACACCACUGUAAACAACGAUGCAUCUGCCUCUAUAUCAGCAUCCUCUUCCUCACCGUCUCAUCCUCCUGCCUCCGUCUCCACCCAUGUGAGAGCGUCCCGCUGCAUUGAGUUUCUGGACUCCACCCACUGCACCUGUGAGCAGGGCUACAGCAUCUCCAGCCACAACAGCACACUGUGCAGAGACAUUGAUGAAUGCGAACUCUUCCGUCUAACUCGACCUGGCCGUCUGUGUUUGCACACCUGUGUGAAUACAGCAGGAAGUUUCCACUGCGAGUGUCCCGCCGGUUACAGCCUGGGCCGUGAUAGCAGGAGCUGCCAUGACAUCGAUGAGUGUGUGAGAGCGACCCAUAACUGCAGUAUUGAGCAGUGUGUGAAUACAUUCGGAGGUCAUCGCUGUGUGGAUGUGGACUGCCCUCGCAUCCGUAAUGCCACGUACAGCAAAACCUCACCGCUGCGUUGUGACCGUAACCCUUGCAUCCAAGGAGACAACGCUUGUUUCCAGGCCCCGGUCUCCAUUAACUUCCACUUCAUGUCCGUGGUGUCCAAUAUGUCCACGCCCACCAUCCUCUUCCGGUUGUCUGCGGCUCGCAUCCUGGGUGACACGCUGCGCUUCGGCCUGCUGGGGAACUGGGGAGUCCAGCAUUUCACCGUCCAGCGCUCGGGCAGACUCACGGGGCAGCUGGUGCUGGUGAACUCUGUUCAGGGUCCCGCCACGCUAAAGGUUGAUAUAGAAAUGAGCGAGAUGGAAAGAAGGGUGCUGCUCGGGCGAUACGUCACGAAAGUGACUCUCUUUGUGUCGCCAUAUAACUUUUGAGAAGCAGGAGACAGACGAUGGACUGAUAUUGGGAAAUCAUUUACAGGCGAGAUAUUGGGGAAUGGGCCUGUGGAGGUGAGAUAGGAGCGCUAUUAUACUAUUUCUGAUGUGCCAAUUCACGAGGACAAUAGAAAACUUACGUAUGGUCAGAGUAAUUUGGUUCCUCAGAAUGAGGGGAAAAAACAUUAAUUUCUUCCAUUCAGACUAAAGUAUUUAUGCAGUGUUGUAGUUAUUAACAGUAUGACAUGUAAUUCUUUUAAACCAUUUAAAAGAAUUUAAAGACAUUCUGGGACAAAUAAUGUCAAAGACAAUAAAAAAGAAAAAGAAAAUCUUUUAAAAUUUAGUUUGAAAUGUCAGCUUUUUUAAAUUAAGCCCAUUUUCAAGAAAAGAUAAAAUUUAAUGACUUUAAAAAUGUCAUGUAGUGUAAUUAUCAACUAAAAGAUACAAUUCUUCAUACUUUAAAACUGAUAUUUUACUAACUUUUUUAAAAUAAUGUAUUUAGUCUUUUUGAUGGUACACUGACUUCUUGAAAGUUUAAUAGUUGUUGAUUUCUUUCCCAAAUGUCUGUUCUGGGACUAUGUAAGUUAGGUCAGCGAGUACGAAAUUUCCACUAAAGCGUGGAUUGUAUGUGAAUAUUUCAGUCUUUUAAUGAGACUUUUUCUUUAUGAUCGCCACCUUGACAUUUCUUCACUGAGCCAUUUACAUUUACUUUAAUUCAUAAAUUGUUAAGCAUAGAUGUUUUGAAAUUGAAUAAACCCAUAGAUCCUUAACAAAAAAGUGUCACGUCAUUUACUUCAAAAAGAGAGAACCAGAAACCUUGCUGGCAAAAAGUUUUGAAAACCAUAUUGAAAGAAAGAAA